GGUAGAAGUAAAAGUCGAUAAGUUGACUUGCAAAGUCGGUACUGAGGACCAUCUGAGGACUGAGGGCUGCAGUUCGGAUUCCGCCUAAACAAAGUGGAUUCCGUCCAGAUGGCGGCAAAAUUUAUUAUUUUAUGGCGGGAAAAAGGAAAACACAACCUAAAAAAAUAGUUGAAACAAAGUUGAAAGUUCUGAAAGUUGAAGUGCCGUAAAGUGUUUUUUUCCUUUGACAACAAAUAAUUUUGGGUUUUAAAUAGUAAUUUAAACUAAAAUGCCGUCUCCUGUUGGAAAUCGUACGCCACGCCGGGAAGGAUCUCGAACUCCUAGGCGCCAACCAGAGACACCUUCUCGUGAUGGAGCUCAAACACCAGCAAGACCAGGUUCUAGAACCCCUCGCCGGAGACAAUCUGCAGCAGGAGAGGAAAUUCCAGAAACUCCUUCAAAAACACCGAGGAAAAAUACUCCAGCUAAAAGUGUGGUUUCAUCAAUUGAUACACCUCUUAGGCCUGGCGUACCAAGACACGGCCUUAUAGGAAAUCAGGAAAUUCCAGCAUCUCCUGCGCCUAGUUUGGCCCCCACAAGUCCCGGAACUGGUUUCGCGAUGAGUGAAAUUGAUUUAAGCUCUCCAUUAAACUAUGGUACGCCAAGUUCUCUAGGCUCCAUAAGAACACCUCGAUCUGGAAUCAGGGGUACUCCAAUUAGAAUGCGACCAGACGUUCGGUCUGAUAAAAGGAUGCGACAAGUUAAUGUUGGUGGUGAUAUACCACUUGAUGCCAUACAGGAAGUUAGCGAAACGGAUUCUACAGCUCCUCAUUUAGUUAUUUGGGGUACUAAUGUAUCAGUUUCUCAAUGCAAGGAAAAAUUUAAACAGUUUAUUUUGCGAUUUAUUGAUACAAGUGCCGAAGAUGAUGAAAGGACUGAUGAUAUGAAUGUUAAUGAACCUCUGUAUUUACAGAAAUUAGAAGAAAUACAUACCUUGGAUGAACCUUUUUUGAAUGUUAAUUGUGUCCAUAUAGAAAGAUAUGACAAAAAUUUGUACCGACAAUUAGUCUGCUAUCCACAAGAAGUGAUUCCUGUUUUUGACAUGACUGUGAAUGAAAUGUUUUAUGAUCGGUAUCCUGCUGCUGUUUUGGAGCACCAGAUCCAGGUCAGACCAUUCAAUGCUGAAAAGACAAAAAAUAUGCGUUCUCUCAACCCAGAAGAUAUAGAUCAGUUGAUUACUAUUUCCGGUAUGGUGAUCAGGACUUCCAAUAUCAUGCCUGAGAUGCGAGAAGGUUUUUUCAAGUGCAUUGUCUGUCAGUUUACAACGACUGUUGAAAUUGAUAGAGGUCGCAUUACUGAGCCAACUUUGUGCUCUAGUUGUAACACCAAUCAUUGCUUUACGCUGGUUCACAACAGAUCCCAAUUUACUGAUAAACAAAUGAUUAAAUUACAAGAAUGUCCAGAUGAUAUGCCUGCAGGUCAGACACCUCACACAGUCGUACUCUUUGCCCAUAAUGAUUUAGUGGAUGCAGUUCAACCUGGUGAUAGAGUUACUGUUACAGGAAUUUAUAGAGCCCAAGCAAUACAAGUAAACCCUAGGAUGAGAAAUUUAAGAUCGGUUUAUAAAACUCACAUAGAUGUACUUCAUUAUAGAAAAAUUGAUCAUAAGAGAUUGUACGAAGAAGAAGAUGGCAAAGGACAUCGUUUCCCCCCUGAGCGUAUUGAACUUCUGAAUAUCUUAGCUCAGAAGCCAGAUAUUUAUGAUAGGUUGGCUAGAGCUAUUGCUCCAUCGAUUUACGAAAACGAAGAUGUUAAGAAGGGUAUUUUACUUCAACUUUUCGGCGGUACCAAGAAAACCUUCACUACAUCAGGCAGGACAAACUUCAGGUCAGAAGUUAACAUUCUACUAUGCGGCGAUCCGGGUACAUCUAAAUCCCAGUUGCUUCAAUAUGUCUACAAUUUGGUACCUAGAAGCCAAUACACAUCGGGUAAAGGAUCGUCAGCUGUAGGUUUGACAGCUUAUAUAACAAAGGACCCAGAAACAAGACAAUUAGUGCUGCAAACUGGUGCUUUGGUACUGGCUGAUAAUGGCAUUUGUUGUAUAGAUGAGUUCGACAAGAUGAAUGACUCUACAAGAAGUGUUCUACACGAAGUAAUGGAACAACAGACCUUAAGUAUUGCAAAAGCUGGCAUAAUUUGUCAGUUGAACGCCAGAACAUCUAUUUUGGCCGCGGCCAAUCCGAGCGAGUCGCAAUGGAACAAUAAAAAAACCAUCAUAGAAAAUGUCCAGUUGCCCCACACCCUGCUGUCUAGAUUUGAUUUGAUAUUCUUGCUUUUGGACCCACAAAACGAAGUUUUUGAUAGAAGACUAGCAGAACAUCUGGUUUCAUUAUAUUACAAAACUAGAACUGAAGAGGACGAUGAAAUUUUGAAUAUGUCCAUUUUGAGAGACUACAUUUCUUAUGCUAAAGAACACAUCCAUCCCAAACUGAGUGAAGAAGCCUCCCAGCGCCUGAUCAAAGCUUACGUCGAUAUGCGCAAAGUGGGAUCAGGAAGAGGUCAGAUAUCUGCCUACCCUCGCCAGCUUGAAUCGUUGAUAAGGUUGUCAGAAGCUCACGCUAAAGUGAGAUUUAGUCAAACUGUCGAAAUUGACGAUGUAGAAGAAGCUUACAGGUUACACAGAGAAGCCCUAAAACAGUCCGCCACAGAUCCACUGUCUGGCAAAAUUGAUGUUGGUAUUUUAGCCACCGGUCUCAGCAGUGCUGCUCGCAAGCGGCGCUUAGAGCUAUGCCAGAGCCUCAAGAAAGUGAUAGAAACCAAGGGCAAAGUGCCUACUAUCAAUUACCAGAAGCUAUUUGAAGAGUUGAAAAAUCAGUCACAAUUGAUGGUGACAAGAGAACAGUAUGAAGAUGCCCUCAAGGAUUUGCAAGAUGAUGGUUACAUAGUUGUAAUGGGCAAGACGUCUAUUAGAGUGUGUCAUAAUAGAGACUAAAGCUUUGUGUUACCCUAUUACUACCAAGUGUGCGUUUACAUGCAUCCGUCAUGUGUCACCCAUUGAUGUUUUUAGGUACAUAAUUUUACUGGUUUAUUUCAAAAACGAUAUUUUAUACCUCAACCUGAUUGGAGUGACGGAACGACGCAAAACCUUAGAUUUUAUGAACUUCGUAGAUAUGUAAAUUCUUACGCAUUUCUUUUUUAAAAAUAAUUAUUAAAUUAUUAAUAAUAAUACACAGACUGUAGAGGUCAAGUUUGAUUAAUUAAAAAAUCAGUUGUUUGUGUAUCCUUUAAAACUUUUCAACAAUAAAAUGUUUCUUUUUUA